AUGCACAUUCCGUGGACUCUGUGUGCCGUCCUGGCCGCCCAUGCUGUUGGCUUCGCGCGGGCCGCCGAAACCCCGGAUACCCCGGAUGCCGACGGAGAUCAUGCUCCCGGCAUCUCGACGGGUCAUCCUCUCCGGUCUUCCAGCAUCUUGACGGGCGUGACCUACAGCACUACCGGCCGUCCUCCCCGGUCUUCCAGUAUCUUGACGGGCGAGACCUACAGCACUACCGGUCGUCCUCCCCGGUCUUCCAGCAUCUUGACGGGCGUGACCUACAGCACUACUGGUCCUGCUCCCCGGUCUUCCAGCAUCUUGACGGGCGUGACCUAUAGCACUGGUCAUGCUCCCACUUCGUCCACGAGUAACGCGACGGGCGUCACCUCCCAGACCUCUCGCUCCGUGCCGACUCCCACCACCGUCCCUGCCACCAACCCCACAAGCAACGUCGUCCCCGCCGCCGCCGACACCAUCGCUCGAAACCCCUUGCUCGCGGCAGGUGUCGCCGUCUUCGUGGUCGCGUUGGCGCUCUAA